AUGGAGCCUAUCAUGAUCGUGCUACCUGGGUUUCCGGCAAAGACGCCCAAUCACGGCGGCAAGGUCUUGGGCCCCCUACCCGAUCGUGCCGAGGAGCUGGCGCUCGCACGUCUGGAGAGGUUUUGCAUGUCCAUCGAGGAAGUCUACCCUAUCGGCUGCCACGUCACAAUCUUCAGCGACGGUCGCGUGUUCGGUGAUCUAGUAGGUGCAUCCCUGGAGAACAUCCGCGCGUACAAGAACGGUCUGAAAGAGUUGGUGAAGGAGGCGGGACAUACACACAUCCAAUCCGACGGGCUAGAGAACUAUACAAAGACCGACGACCCAGUGCGGGAAGUGCUGGACCGCUUUCACAUCGACCAGAUGGACAUGGACGCUCGCAUCGCGAACGAGCCUGACGUCGGCAACAACUUCCGCUCGUUCUCACAAUUCAUGGAGCGAGAUAUGGCUCACCGGUGGGAGGGCAAGUCGGAGGCCGAGAUGCGCAAAGGUUGCGAUGAAGUUGCGCGCAACAUGAUGCUGCGCAACGUGGGCUUCUCGUCGCUCGUGGCGAAGGAGUACGGUCAUGCCGUCCGCGUGUCGAUUCACUGCUACAACAACGCUGGUUCUAAGUUCGGUAUCCACCUACUACCAGCCAGGCGAAUGGACUCACCACGGACACCGUGGCAUUCGGUCAUCCGUGAGGACGUCGACGGCGCAGUGCACGCUAUGGAUCUAAAGGACGUGGACACGGACAAGUACGACUUGGUCUACAAGCAUGGCCGUAAGUGGGGGUACAUAGAGAGACCACCAUGUACGCCCGAGGAAACCGCCCAUUGGGCCCCACUGCACGUCGAGCUCAUCCGCACACAAAUGUUCAUCAUCGCUCAAGCCAUGGAAGGUUUCCCGGCACCGUCCAUUAUGGACGUUCCGCGCGAGGCCAUCCGAAGCCUCGUGCUCAGGUACGGCGUCGUGACGCUGCGCGGCUUCAAGCAGGACGACGACUUCGAGACAGCAACUGAGCGCUGGGGAGAUGUGCUGCAGUGGCCCAAGGGAACGUUCGCGGCUGGGAACAUCUUUGACGUCAAGACGGAGACCGGUACGACACUUAUUGGGCAAACUCUCGAGGCCAUGUCGUUCCACUACGACGGUAUGCUCAAGAAGAAGACGCCCGAGUCCACGGAGCUUGGUGACGCGCCUGUGUUCAUGUUCUUCCAUUGCGUCGAGGCUAAUCCACCUGAGGGCGACCCGAAGAGCGGUAAUACCAUUAUCACCGAUACCCGUCGAUUGCUGUCUGCUUUGCCCCUGGCUACCGUGGAGCGUCUCAAGACAAUUUCGCUGGAGUAUCGUACGUCAAUGUUCAGACACCAUGGCCGCGUACACACUUCCCCAGUGGUCGACACACACCCGAUCACGGAUGCACCCGACGUACGUUUCGUCGGUGGGAUAUGA